GAUUUAUAUAAUAAAAAAAUUAUCAAAUUAUAAAAAAGUAAUUCAUUACUUAAUAUAAAAAGAUGACUAAUGCCUACCUGUCCAGUAAACUACCGAUACUAUUGGUAAUAGUAGUUAUUAUUGGUUUUAGGCAGCAAUCAGUAGUAAACGAGCAAUAUAAAUGCAAACAUGUCGGAAAUUCAAACUACCUGUGCUGCCUAUAUUGGACUAUAUUUGAUUGUGCCAUACAAGUGUCAAAGGCUGUCUGUAAACACCGUGAACAAACAACAAUGAUAAAGUUGCUUGAUGAAGUCAAAAAUGAUUUAGAUGCUAAAGUGUGCAAGGCCAAUCCAUUUAGUAAUCGGAAAAAAGAUUGCUCAACAAUUUUUUACUUAAAUUAA